AUGUAUCAAUUAACAAAACUGGCGGUGCCACACUUGAUCAAAACAAAAGGCAACAUUGUAAACGUUUCUAGCAUAGCUGGAUUACGAGCUUUCCCGAAUAUUUUGUCAUACUGUAUGAGUAAGGCGGCCGUCGAUCAAUUUACGCGUUGCAUCGCUUUAGAAUUAGGACCGCAACAGGUGCGCGUGAAUGCCGUGAAUCCUGGUAUAAUUGUAACAAACAUCUUUCAGCGGAGUGGAAUGAGCGAAGACGAGAUUAAGAGCUUACUCGAGCAUAGCAAAACCACGCAUGCUCUAGGAAGAGUGGGCGACACUUUCGAAGUUGCAAGGACCAUUGCAUUUCUAUCGAGCGAUAAUGCGAGCUUCAUAACAGGGGUGACAUUACCUGUGGAUGGAGGUAGA